CUCUCUCUCUCUCUCUCUCUCUCUCUCUCUCUCUCUCUCUCUCUCUCUCUCUCUCUCUCUCUCUCUCUCUCUCUCUCUCUCUCUCUCUCUCUCUCUCUCUCUCUCUCUCUCUCUCUCGCGCUCACACGUACGGGAUGGGACGACAUGGAGGAUGCAGAGCGCAUUUGUAUACCGCUGAGUGAGCUUCAGCCUGGACGAACCAACGGACACAUUCGCGCUGUUGUCUUGACCAAAUUAUUUGCAAAUCUUUGCCAGAGCGAACAAAGCAUCGCCAAUUUCCUCAUCCGCGAUGACUCGGCACCAGCGGGCGCCGCAGAUGUCAUGUUGACUGUCCGCGGAUCAUUGGCGGACCUGCUGGCCUUUGUUGAGCCCAAGGACUCUCUGCUCCUCUUUGCCUUUGAUCUGGAAAAGGAAGCCAACGGCCUGGCCUCCAAAGUGCCCUACCGCAUCAUUCUGCAUGCCCACCGUGCCACCGUAGUGGUUUCCCACCCUUCGCUCUACACCGAAGCUGGCUCACACUGUGUCACUGUGGGCCCGGAUCAAGUCGCUGAUCCCAGCUCCUUUGUACCACCUACGCGGGGGCGGACAGAUCGCCGACCCCCCCAACAGACAGCCCGCAGCGCAUCCGGUGCGUCGUCCACCACGCCCCGUUCCACCGAGGGUGAUGGUGUGCCAGACGCGACGAAGCAGCCCGGCCGCACGCGCUCGCCAUCACAUGAGGGCCGGCCACGUGCCAAACGGGCUACGGGAUCCUUUGUGACACUGCGUGAAGCGCUGCAGCACCCUGGACAGGCUGCAAACCGCACCAUCUCCACAUGGGGUGUCGUAACUCGCGUCUCGCCCCCCCGCAAGACCCGAGGCUCCGACUUUAUCCUGGCCUUUUUCAUCACCGACGAGUCGCUAGCCCCAGACUCGCCCCCAGUCCCCGUCAAUCUGUUCUGUAUUGACCCCGCAGGCCUCCCGGCCCUUCUGAGUGCGGGCGCCAUUGUGCGAUUGCAUCGCUUCAAAGCUAACAUGUGGCAAAACAAGCUUCAACUCGUUGGCGCCUUUAAGCCCUCCUCUCAAUGCUCAUUGGCGCACUUUGCGGAGCAGAUGGGCCAGCCCACAACGCCUCUCUGGCACAGUCAUCAGCUCACCUCGGACAUUUCGGAACCGGAACGGCAAAGGCUGCGUGCUUUGCGUGAUUGGGCAAGCGCGCAAGGGUUGCGCUUAGAUCCUGGUCAUCGCUUACUGGCGCAACUGGAUGCUUUGGGGACAUUUACGCUCAUCGUCAAGGUUGUGGACAUAAGCUGCCCCAAUCCGCCCCACCCAGCUUGCCUCCUCUGCUGGGACGGCAGCCAACACCCGUCUUACAAACUCAACCCCAAUCACCCCGCGUAUGCCAAAGUGCAAGCAGCCAACCUGGAAAACCUGUGUGUCAACAUUUUGGCAUGGGAACAACAUGCGAAGCUUGUGAUGCAGCAGCUGCGCCCAGGCGACGUCGUUCGUCUUGUGGGUGUAACUCAGAGUGCCAAUGGCCAGCUAAAUCUCUCGGGCCGCACUGAGGUACAAAUCCAACCCUUGGACCCGGAUGAUCACGAGGCAUUAGCGCUCGAAAGGCUCACUCAGCUUUUGCCCGGAAUUCCGCGAUCAGGUGUUGAGCAUCCUUUGCUACCCUUUGCUGAUUCUUUGCCAAGUGAUGCUGAGGUGGAUGCAGCCACGGCAGGGGUCGUGGUUAUUCGCGUGUUAGCUAAAGUGCUCAACGUGAAGCCUAUCACUGGUAAUCGAGCAACCCCGCAGCAUCCAAACCUGAAAUCUGAGACCCAGCCCUGGUUCUUUACCAUUGAGCUGCAUCACUGUGGUCGCAACUUGAGCUGCAUGGUCGCCGAUGCCGAUGCGCAACUCACUGUCUUGAGUACGCACCUACCUCUACAACAGGAUCUUUUUCUGGGUUGCCACGCCAGUGCCUGCAAGACUGCCGAGGAACGAAACUCGGCUUUUGCUCAAGCGUACGAGCUUCUGUCAGAGGGCAACGUGCACCUGGACUGCUUACUCAAGAUCUAUAGGCAUACCCAAUCGAACCGCAUCUGCACGCGGCUGUUCGGCACCCGGCUCAACCUUGAUUAA